GGUCACACUGUGCAGCAUACAAAAACAAAAUAAAAAUAGAAAAACUGAAAAAAAAUAAAAUAAAAAAAACAAUGGAUCUCCAAGUAAUAAUGCAAAAAAUGAUGCAGGACUGGAACAACUAUGGCUAUGGUAUGGAGUUGGCACAGCAUCCCUUCGACCAAUUUCCGCCAAAUGGCAUGGCAGACCAGGCACCAGCCCAGGAGGAACCCGAGGACGACGACGACGAGGACGAUGAUGAGCAGCGCACGCUAUUCUGUGGCAAUCUGGACGAACGCGUGACCGAGGAGAUCCUGUACGAAGUGUUCGUGCAGGCAGGUCCGCUGGAGGGUGUACGCAUUCCCACGGACAACACGGGGCGGCAGCGCAACUUUGGCUUUGUGACGUACCAGCGAAUAUCUGCGGUUCCCUUUGCCCUCGAGCUCUACCAGGGCUUGGAGCUGUUUCAGAAGAAGGUAACCAUCAAGCAGCAGGGGGCAGACAAGGCGAGACCACCACAACCACCCCAAUCAUUUGGACAGAGUCGUUUACGGAAUCCGUUCAUGAACGAGCUGCCCGCACCAAUGCCCAUGGACCCUGGAGCACACCGCCACGCGCGUCACAGCUUGCACGGUGCCAGGCCGUACGAUCGAAAUGCUGGACAGAACAAUGGCAAGUACAAUAAUGGGGAUCUGCGUCGCCGCUCCGACAGCUCCGUGAUGGAUCGAAAUCGGCCGAGGGUGCAUCAGCAUCCGCAGCCGCACCAUCAGCACGACCGACGCUUGGAUCAGCGCAGCAACAACAAGCGGAGGCUGCUCUGAGGGCAUGCCCAUAAAAUCGAUUUAAGCCGCUUCACUUACAGAAAACAAUGUUUUUAAUAGUCUUUAAGUAAUCGCCUUAAGAACAUUCUACACAAAUAGAUAGAAAGUAAACCACACAC